CAAUGUCAGAUACUGUAACUAAGCCCUAGAAUAGAACAUUGCUUAUCUAGCACUGCCGCUUCCUGACUCCCUUUAAAAAGCGUUCAUAGUUUUAGUUUCAAGCACUUUUGAGGCGUUCAUAGUUUUAGUUUCAAGCACUUUUGAGGCUCUUUAACAGUUGCCAGACUCUCUCUUAAAGUUUGUCUCAUACUUGGUCGUCAAUAUGAGGAUCCCACUUCUGAACUUCAUAUUGCUGGCACCACAUUUUCUUCAAGUCAGUGGUCUCAGGUGUCCCUUAAGCUGCCAAUGCUAUGAGAAUGACAGUGUUUUCUGCACAGGCCAGGAGAUUACAAGCAUGCCAUCAUUUUCUCCUCCUAUAACUUUUUUGAAGAUAGAGAAAACUCAGCUGAGGGAAUUGAAAGCCAAUAGUUUUAACAGUUUGCCUGACCUAUCACGACUCCAGAUAAGCAGCAACCCAUUGACAACCAUUGCUCCAGGAUCUUUUCAUGGUUUGCAACACUUGUUGUCGCUGAAGCUAUCAGACAAUCUGUACCAGCGGCUUCCAAAUGGAUUGUUUGACAACCAAGUGGAUCUCCAUCAACUCUUCCUUGAUAAUAACAGACUGGACGACAUACAGUUAGGUAUGUUCGAUUCCCUGGUCAACCUGACUGAACUUGAUUUGAACUCCAACAGGCUCACAGACCUCCCUGAGAAAAUCUUUUGGAAACUUGGAAAACUAAGAGUCCUUAAUAUAGGGAAAAACUUGCUGAAAUCUCUUCCUGCGACCAUCUUCAAUCCACUGACCCAACUUCAAGAACUUCUGCUCUACCGCAAUCAGCUGGCUGAAAUUCAAGCAGGAAUUUUCAACAACCUCAGCCAGCUCCUUGAACUUAAGCUCCACACCAACAACAUCCAACAAAUUGCACCCAUGGUCUUCUGGCAUUUACCUAACUUAGUAAACCUAACAAUAUCCUCCAAUCAACUAAGCCGGCUGCCCUCUCAGACUUUUUUUAACAUGCCCAACCUAUCUCUGUUAAAAAUAUUCAAAAACCCACUGUUGGAACUUCCAGUGCAUCUGUUUGGAAGCAUGCCUGGACUCAAAGAGCUAAUGUUGUACAACACCAAGCUUGAAACCAUUCCUGACAAUGUGUUUAUCAACCUGACUGGACUACAAAGUCUCUCUAUUACCUUAAACAAUCAUCUCACUGCAUUACCAAGGGGCUCCUUUUGCGGUCUGAGAACACUUACCAGGCUGUCUCUGCACUCCAAUAAUCUACAAACUUUAGAAGAAGGGGUCUUUUCAGACCUUGUGAACCUACAGAGCCUUGUACUUAAUAAGAACAAAUUACAAAACCUUCCAAGAGUUGUUAUCAAAGGCCUGCCAAAGCUUGCAAUGAUUUAUCUGGAAGAAAACCCUUGGUUUUGCAACUGUGACAUACUGGACUUUACAGACUGGAUACGGGACAACUUUCAUAGGAUCUACAAUCCCAACCUUCUAAAUUGCUCUGAGCCACCGCUCAUUAAGAAUACACUUCUUUCAUCAGUGACUGCUGGUAGACUUCAAUGUGGACUUUUUGCAACCGACAGACUACAGUCCACCCCAUCUAUGGUACCAUUUGAAGAACUUGGCAAGACCACACCAGUGAGUGCUGAUUGGAACCCCCCUCACUCAACAGUAGUGAGUGCUGACUGGAACCCCCCUCACUCAACAGCAGCGAGUGCUGACUGGAACCCCCCUCACUUAACAGCAGUGAGUGCUGACUGGAACCCUCCUCACUCAACAGCAGUGAGUGCUGACUGGAACCCCCCUCACUCAACAGCAGCAAGUGCUGACUUGAACCCCCCUCACUCAACAGCAGGGAGUGUUGACUGGAACCCCCCUCACUCAACAGCAGCUGCAUCUUAUCCCACUGCUCCUGUUUCAACCGUUUCCCCAAACCAUUCACCCAGCGAUGAAAACUUAUUAGAGUGGAGCACAACAUUCACAUCCACGACUGCCAUCCCCGGGACGCAGCUUACAUCGACUGCGAUUGGCACCACACCUGACACAGUGACCCAAGUACUCUCAGCUGGGUACCAGGCCAGGCUGAUCCUUCCUGUAAAAGUUCCUUACUGCAGAAUAUACUCAUGUUUCCAUGCUGCCUUAGCAGCCUUACAGAUUGUUGCUAUAGUAGGCAUGAUUUAUUUGCUGUACAAAAUUUGCCGAUUAACGCAGAGUCUAGAUUUUCUUGUUAGGCCUGUUGUUCUUGUGAGAAUCAUCAGUGAAGCUGAAAGUAAGCCAAACAGCACAGAUGUUGAAAAUCCAAAGUGAGCAUCAUUUAGUGAAUGUGCGAUUGAAACUGGCACAGUACCAUGACAACACACAAACAUUCGAUCAACGCUGAACCCUUAUCACAUUACGCAGCUCUUACUGUAUACUGGGAACUAUUCUGUUUAUAUCUAGACAGUAUUUAUUUGUAAAACACAAUUGUUUAAAAACGUCAGGGUUAAUCAUUUUAGAGAACUUUUAUUAAUAUAAUUAUUUUUAUUUCCCUGUGUUAUUUGUGUAAAAAAUUAAAAAAAGAAUUUAGAGAAAGCGUCUUUAGAUUAAGGGGACUUCUGAGCUCUAUAAAUGCAAUACGUUUUUAGAUUGAUUCAGCCAAAAGAAAUCCUGUAAUGUUUGGAAGCCCUAGAUGGAAAGAACAUAAAAAUAUUAUUAGGAACAUUCUUUUAAAGCUGACUGCUUAAAAUAACAUCUACAACAUUCAACACUAUUGCUACAUCGGCCUACAUCCUGCGUUUCUUCACAACAGGACACAAACAAAAUGUACCAUCGUUAUCAGCAUUAUCCCUUACAGUCUAAACUUCCCUUUUUCUAGUAGUCACAUAACUACAGUAUAAAGAUAGAUAGGAACACACUGGCCCUUCCGCAGCAACAACACUCAUAACGAUCAGUUCCACCUGAUUCUGGUCAAAUGAGAAGUGUCAUUGUAUUAUGACAAGCUAAACUGACCUUUAACUAAUUCUGUAUGGAUUUCAACGGAUUUGUGUGUCAUAGUGGCAACCAAUUAGAAUAGGAUUUGUAGCAGUGCUUCUCAACAAGGUGAAGAACCAGGACUGUGUGCAGAACAAGCUGUUCCCUUCCUGCUGCUCUGGCUGGGUUUCUACACAUCUUUAGACAAUGACUUAUCCGUAGUCACUCUGUUAUUAAACCUGCUGUAUUUUUCUGUUCAACACAGUCACAAACAGUGGCGACUCCCUUGUCAGUAACUAAGAAUUAUUACUCCAGAAAAACAAACCGUGGUUUCCUCUACCGUUAGCCAAGCUCAUCAGUUGUUGACAUAAAUAAAAUAUUAAUUUUAUCAUUAAAACUCAAAUAUAGUAGACUCUUGCCAAUCCAAACCAGUUGGGAGCAGAUGCUGUUCUGAGUCCUCGUUGUAAUCUGUACACUCCUUUCAAAAGUUUGAAACACUGCUGCGCUCUCAGUAGAGUGAGCAAACACCUUUGAGAGCCUGUGUGUGGCCACAUGGAUGCCUUAGGGUUUUACAGUCACCAGGAUGUGAUGACUGCAGAUGAAAAGGAUAUACCAACAGAAUCUAAAAGAACAGGAACUGUACAUGAAACAAGAGAACUGCGAUAUCAUACCCAUACCAAGUUAGUCUUUACUUCAGGAUGUAUUAUAACUGUUUCUUGUAUCUUGUACCUGAUUUUACUCUUAUAAGCAAAUAUAUUUACUAUAAGUUUAACUGCUCUUAGUCGAAUUCGCUUUUAAAUGUAAUUAUUUACUGUAUUCUUUAUUUUACUCUUAUUUGAACUUGAUCUUAUUUUACUUUACUUUAUACUGCUUGUAUCUGUAAUGUGAUAUUCUGUACUGUGAUAUUCUGUAACAACUGUACAUGGCCCUGAGUAAGGGUGUCUGCUAAGAAACACAUAAUAAUAAUAAUAAUAAUAAUAAUAAUAAUAAUAAUAAUAAUAAUAAUAAUUACAAUUGCCAGGCAGUUUUACGGCUUCCAAGCUCAGUACCAGUUGGAGAUUUUGGCAAGCUGUAGCAUUGCGGCACAAGUGUGAGCAACAGAUCAGUUUUAUGGAACAGUUUCAAUUCAAAAUACUGCAUUAUUUCAUUAUCUCACGAUGCUUUAUAAUUUUAAACACCAUAGUAACCAUGACCCUAUCUACACACUGUAAGGAGUUAUAAGCUAAUUUUACAUUUAACCUUAAGGAGAAGUCAAAGGUCAUAAUCAAGGUAAUUUUUUAAUAGAGCAUAUAUGGGUUCCUAAAUGUGUUGUAUAGUAGCCAUAACCCUAGGUGCACUGUAAGGAGUUAUAAGCUAGUUUUACAUUUUAACUUAAGGAGCGGUCAAAGGUCGCAGGUAAGGUCAAACACCAUUUUUGAAAAAAGUCAAUUGUAUUGACACAGGGAUGAUACUUGUCAACUUUGGAGUUAAUCAAAUAAACCAUUUUUCAACUGAAGCAGUUUUAAAUUUAAGAACUAAACGUAGGACUGGCCGCCAUUUUGUUUUACAAAAGAACACCAUUUUGCCAUAUUUGAAUUCCAUUGUCCCCAGGAUGAUGCCUACCAAGUUAAGAGUUAAACGCUUUGCAGACAGAAGCAGUUUGAUGUUUGUGUAGCGGGUGCUACCUGUUAAGUAAGUUUCAUCACUGAGAGAAUGUGGCAGGUGUAAUUGAUUAACUGCAUUCAAUUGGAUAAAUUGUUUCACCUUGUUACCAUUUAAAGGGCCGUGUAAACGGAGACAUGGGAGAUGCAAGGCUGCGGGAAUGUUGGCGUCACAAGUUUGUUUGCGAGUAUGAAUGGAGGUGGUAUAAUCGUUUUGAGCUUUCUUUUGGUUUAAACUGUUGCGUGCAGUUAAAGCAGUGUAUGUGGCUGUUGAGCAGUCUGUGGUUGUAAUCAACCUGUUCCUGCUGCGUGAAAAAUUUGAGCUGAUGUCAUUUGACAGUCCUUAUGGAAGUUAAGCUUAAACGUGUUGAGUUGAGUUGUGUGCGUCUGUGUUCCCGGAGCCUUGCACGCUGCCUGUUAGGAAGGAAAACGUGCACUUCCUUAGCUUACAUUACUUAAAGGGGUAAUCUAAACUAAGGAAUAUUGGGUUAGAGUGAAUUUGAGUAAUCCAGUGCUUACUAUAUUACCCCAUGUUAAGACAUAUUCUCAUUGAAUGAGAGUAAUACUGGUAAUGAUGUUAUUGGAGAGUGAUUUGCUGUAUUGUGGGUUAUUUUUGUUUUGGUGGAUUAUUAUUAUUUUGUGUGAUAUUCAUUUGGUUUGGACUGUACCAGUUAUUUGGUUGUAGUAUCAUGUUUAAUUGUUUAGUGUACUAAUUGCUUGUUUUACCACAAUUGUCCAAUUUCUAAUUAUCCCAUUGAUGUUAAUUGUAAUCUACUUGUAUUACUUGCCUGCUAUUGUGAGUUGUGUAUUUUAAUCAUUCAUGUGAUCUUUUAACAGAAGCCGUGUUUCAUAA